AUGGCUCCGGCUGAGAAGAACGAGUAUCAAUUGGCGCGAAACUAUGGCCUCGAUAUCAGCAUGCCGGAAGCGAACUUUGCGGUGGCCUCUGCCGCACAGAAGGAAUAUCAGAAACAGUGCACCUUCCUGUAUCGAGACUUUAUGAAAAACAUGAAUUCCUACAUCAAACAGGAGCAGAAAAUCAAAACGGAGCUCCGCAGCUUAAAGAAACAAAAACUUCUGAACAGCCAGUACUCACUUUACCGUACUGAUGGCAAAGAUUUGUUUUCCAAUGCUAAAAAAGAGAGAGAAAUGCUGCUGAAGAAUAACGAAUUAUCAAACUCCUUCUUUGAUGAUAUUUGUUUUAAUCCGUGGGGUCUUGAUUCCAUCCUAGACGAAGACUUGAUCCGCCCAAAGACCGCCCCGGCAGAUAUGAACGAAAGUGGUCUUCUAACAGAACAGGAUUCUGCAAACUUUCCGCCGAACACAGAAACGGACCACGUACAGCCGCCAUCACUGGCGGCGACACUAGAUUCUAAACAUGUUGACACUCAUGUAGCCAAGGUAGAACACCUCUUGGAAUCUCAGUCUCAUACAAAUCCGCUUGUUCCUCCGAAAUCCUCAGAUCUUCCGAGUCCGACGCAUCCGCGCUUACCUGUCAAACCGCCUGAAGCGCCAAAACUUGAACAUGUUCCUGAUGAGCAGGACACAGUAACUGGAGAGAGUGUGUGUGACGGCGAAGUGGACAUUCAUACGGAGAGAACACGAGCCAGGAAUAUUGUCAUCGAUAGAUAUAAAUUUCUAGAGCUCCAGAAAGGAGAAAUCGAUGUAAAGCUUCGGAACAAAAAUGGUGCAUUCCUUAUCAGACCAGUAAAACUCAGCUACGAUCCAACAGGUGUUGAUGCAGUUUUUACCGCUAAAGAUCCAUCAAAGGAACGAAUGGCCCUCGUAAGAAAGAAAACAAAUUUGAGAACACCAACAGCAUCGGCAGAGUUAAAGAUAAACAAUAGAAUAGCCAUUCAAAAAUCGCUUGUUGGGAAAGCAGCUAAAAAGACCACGGUGGCUGAAAUCUUUAACAGCGCUAGGGAUAGGAAAACACGCCACUUCAGAAUCAUUUCAAAGACCAACAAAGGCGAGGAAAAUGAAGAUGAAGCAAAUAAAGAUACCAAGAUAAGGAUAAGACCAGCUUCGUCCCCUGUGGUAAGAAUCCCUAAUGCUUCUGAAGCUAUAAGAAAAAGUAGCGUUUUGAAAAAUCGAAAACCAGACAACAGGCCACCAAUUGUGAUCCGAGAAGCUUUCACGGAAAGGGCUUCAAAGGAGACGAUACCUAUUGUGUCUAGAGAAAUUAAUUUGAAUGACUCCUGUAAUGGUGCUCAAAAUAAAGUCUUGUCCAGCUCACGUAAUUCAAUAAACUUAAACUUACCGAUGAACAAAAGAAACGGCGAUUCUGUGAGACCUGUAGCGCGAUCUACAUCACAAACUUCUAUGGAGAGCCAUGAUCUAAGUACUUCGGGUCAUCAUAGAGUGACAUUUGCAAGGAGGGGAUCACAUGACUUAUCACACCUAAAUAGGUCCGCCUCCUCGACGUCAAUGAGAGAGGGGAAUGUCCAGUUCAUGAUGAGUGACGUCGACAUGAACAACAUGCUUCAAAGGUUGAUAGAAGGAAAAGGGGAGGAGGGUGACUACAGUGCGGUCCAAAACCAGGAGAACGCCAUGGAUUUACAAGAUGCAUUGAAAGCUAUGACGUUCAUCAAACGUUUGAGUAGAAUGUCGAGCCGGAACAAACGAAAUUCUCCGUCAGAGGUCGCUUCUAGUACCGGAACAGCCAACACCUUACAUCUCCCACCACGCCUUUCCAGCCGACAGGAAACAAAUAAACUCAUCCGAGAUGCGAAGCAGAAGGACAGCGAGUACAUACAAUCCAUGUCCUCAAUGAGACGCCGGGUGGCGCUGGGCGCCUCCAAAUCCAAGAGUGGUUUGAAAUAGAAGCAUUUUGUGAAAUGCCUGAUCUCAGUGGCUAGAUGUUAUGAUAUGUAUCUAACAA